CGCAGCUAUCUAUGUGCCGGUUAUACCUAAACGUACCAGAAUCUGAAUAUUAGUGUUUACUCGCACUGGGUUCUGGAUGCAUGACUCUACGUGAUCUAUCCAAUAAUAAUAUUAUAUUGUAUUACAGUACUUAUAAAUAUCAUAUGUUAUUAUAUAUUUUUCAACGGAUUUUACACUUCAACAAUAACAGCUACCGUAUGUGUGAACAAAUAUUGAUGAGCUUGUGUCCACAUGAUUCAAAUGGUACGUAAUUGCAUACCUAGUUAUAAUAUUAAUUAAAAUUUUAAAAAAACGGGUUUACCUACACUUAUUUUUUAAUAUAUAAUAUUUUAAAUUUACGCAACUUUAAUACCUACAUAUUAUAUUUAUAUAUAUAUAGUAUAGUGAAACGCAAUUGGCAGCAUAUUAUAAGCUUAAUAAUUAAAAUAUGAAAUCGAUAAAAAAUUAAAUUCAAUAUAUAUAUUAUGUAUUUUGUAUUUAUAAUGUUCCUAACUUUUUAUUACUACAAAAAAUAAAAAUAAAUUGCAGUUUCGCUGUUAGACCCACCUCUGGAAACGGGCUCGUAAACACAUAAUAUAAGUAGGGUUAUCAUCAGAAAUAGCAUUUUGAAAGUUAAUUCGUUUUAUGUGAUAUAUUCAUUAUGUUAUAUUGAAAUAAAUUACAUUCAAUUGUAUGCAUUUUUCAUUGGUUCAAAAUAAGUAGCUAACACAUACCUUCACGUAUUAUAAGUAAAAACCACAGAUAGAGUGAAAAUAAAUUUCAUUGAAUAUAUUUAUAAAACAUGAUAAAUGUUAGGUACCUAACAUUUUGAAAGUAUAAUACAUAAUAUUAUGCACAUGUAUAAUAUUUAUUUAUUGAAACCAAUUUUCCAUGAUUUAUUUCAUGUAAGGAAUUUGCCUACACAAAACGCCUCUUUAAAAUUCUAUUUUAUGAAAAUAGUUUUGAUUCAUAACUAUUUUAACUUAUAACAUUUUACUAUUAUUAAGAUUAAAGUACUUUUUUUGUUCACGGUUUUUAUUUGUAAUUAAAAUACAAACAAUAAUUUAUAAGCAUUUAAAAAUUAUGUAGGUAAAUAUAAUUUUAUUGUUUAAUGUAUUUUUUAUGCUUUCUAUUUUAUAUCACUAUAUCAGAAUAUUAAAAUAAAGUAGGAAUAAUUAUUACAAAACGAGUCUGAAUAAUAAAUGUAAUAAUACUUCGAACGAAAGUAAUAUUAUAAAAAUAAAAAUCUGUUUAUUUGUUUAUAGCGAAAGAAAAUAUUAUGUAUGGUUAUUUUUUUUUAUCGCUAUUUUUGUGUAAUAAACAGUAAAUAAUAAUUAUUAUAUUGUUAUGUUUAGACACUUACAUAUAACUUAUAUAGGUACCUACCGAUAAGACAAUUCUUUUUGCCUGACAAAUAAGUAUGUUUAAUAAAUGAAUGUAAUACUAUUCGAAACAAGAACUUUUUACUAUAUUCAUCUUGUACCUUGUAAAAAUUAAAGUCUGGAAUUAAAUAGUUUAGAUUUCCCCCUCCCAUACCCUAUUAUGGAAUUGGAUACGUAACAUGAACGUUUAUACAUUAAUUUUUCAAGAGAAUAUAUUCGUAUUUAAAAUAUAUAAUAUGUGUUAGAAUUAACUAGUAUUAUAAUUAUUUAAUUAUUUAAUUAUAAUAUAUAAUUAUUGUGAUUAUAAAAUAUAAAGUAUUUAUUCUAAUAACUACAAUAAGUUUUGUAAUAUUCAAAAUAUUUGAUUACUUAUGAAUGAAACGACAAAAUUAUUUUUUUUUUUAAAACAAGAGUAGGUAUACCUAUCUUAAAAACUUCACAAAAAUAUACUUAAACUUGUAGCUACUGAAAAUAUAAAUAAUAUUAUGCUGAGAAUUGUUUAUCAAACACCACGAAUCGUGAUUUAUCGCUGUUUUCAAUAUUAAAAAAAAAAAAACCAAACAUCAUGGCACUCAUUAGUCAUUUUAAUGUUCUAUAAUUUAUCUAUUGUAUAGUAGUUUUGUAAAAAAACUGCCAUUAGUUCGAAAAGAAAAAAAAAACUCGUGUUUAAAAAUAUAAUUUUGAUUUUUGAUUGAAAUAUGUUUAUUUUUUCUAAAUUUAAUUGAAUAUUCAUUUAUUGAAACUUGAUAGGUACGUAGUAGGUAACUACUUUAUAGUUUAUAUAGUUCAAACAAUAUGUAUAUAAAUCAAUUUGAACAAUUGAAGUUUACAACAUACAUAAAAUGUAUGUUUUACGUUAAUUACAAAACAGAAAAUUUGCUCGUGAAUUCUAUAUUUUAGUCUUUAGGCUAAAUUAUAAGUUACUUAUUUUAUUGUAUUUUUAAAUAUUGAUUAUUAUCGUGUCUGUGCGUUUAAGUAGGUUUAAACGUUUAUGAAACAAAUUUUUUCCUUAUAUAAUUAUUAUAAUAAUAUUAGUAGUACGUACGACAUAAAAACGGGAUUUAAAAAAAAAAAUUAAGUUUUCUUGCGGAAGUGCCAAAUUUUAUCAGAUAAACAAAUUCUAACUUAGAUGAAUAUUGAUGAUCAAGUAUUUUAGAUUUAAGUUCCACGAACAGAGUUCAAUAAUUUGUGUAGGUUGUUAAGCCACAGAAUGUACUUGUUUUCCGUGGACACGCCGCGGCGCGCGCGCCGUACAUCGUCAUUAAUAAUAAUACGAUUUUAUAAAAUUAAUUUGAGAUGACGAAAGUAUUAAUAAGGUGGUAUAUAGGGUUGUGGAAAAAUAAUGUACUUAUACGCCUAAGUAUAUUCUAUAUUUAUAUACUUAUAGAUAUUGUGAAAUCUUAAUAAAAUAAAUGGCCAUUUAAUUACUACUAAUUUUAAAUUAUGAAAAAACAGGUUUUAAAGGUAAACUACAACACUAUAUUAUUAUAAUAGACAAUUAUUAUUAUGUACGUUUGUGUUUUCAUUAGAUAUUCAAAUGUAAAAGAAGUGUUUGACCCUAAAAUUACGUUUUUAUUUAAUUUUCUCUAUUAUACCACCGUUAAAAUAUUUUUUCUCCCUCCGUCUCCUUCAAAAAAAAAAAAAUGUUAAAAACAGUUUUCAAUUAUUUAGAGUCCAUGUUAUAACAAUCAAGUUUUAUUUUUCAUGUUAGGUUUUAAUUUUAUUACUACAAUAAAAUUACUUUAAUAUAGAUUUCAAUUUUUAGAUUUUUUAUAUCCAAGGUGUAAUUCAAAGAAUUAAGUAUUAUGCCAAACAAAUUGUAAUAUUCCUAUUCAAAAAAAGUGUAGACCAAAAAAAAACUAAUACUGUUGGUAUGUUUAGUGUAGGAGCAAUUUAACAUUAAAAUAAUAAUAAUUUAUACAGAAAAAAAAAUAAAAAAAUGAAAAGUAUACUUUAUGUAAAAAAACAUACUAUUAAAAAAACUGUUUUUUUUUUUUUUAAUAAAUUCAUAAAUAUAAACUAAUCUAUAAGUUUUAUUAUUGAAAAUCUAGUUAAAAAAAAAAAAAAAAGCAGUCAAACAACAUAAUAGUAAUAAAAUGUAUACUAAUAUGAUAGUUGGUAUAAUACUGUUAUAAUUGUAUCGUAUUCACUGUUCAAGGACUGUCUAAUUUAGGUCUACAUUAUAAUUUAAUUGAGGAGGUUUGAAAAUGAAUAAAAUAUAACUGCAUUUACAUACCUAUGUGUUUUAUUUUUAAUAACAAAUCAUUUAUAGUACCUACUUAAUAAUUUAGAUUUUAGACGAUCUAUAUAUAUAAUCACUAAACACUGGUCAAACACUAUUCGUUUCUGUAUAAUGUUAUGUAUAUACAUACAUAUACAUAAUUUUUAAAACCAAAAUCUAAAAGGAAUUAUAAAAAUGUAUUUAUUUAAAUCUAAAAUUAUAUGUUUAUCUGUUAACAUUAAUUUUCUUAAUGAGCUACCUAUUUGAAUUUUAUUAUGUAUUAGAUACUCUGUACUAAAUAAAUGAAAUACAAAGUACAUACACCGUAAAGUAACCAUAUAUUAUAAACAAAAAACGAUUAUGAUAUAACUAUUAAAAAAUACGACCAUGACGGGGUAGGCCGUAAGCAUGACGUCUCAGCUGUACUCUGUACUUAAUUAUUUUUAACAUAUAAUAUAAAAGUAUUUUUAGGCCACCACCACCACCGUGAAUCUUAAAUCUUGUGGUAGCAGUUGCUACCUCAAAACCCUUUAGUGUUUGUGGGAAAGCAAAGCAAAGGUAGUUCUUUCACAGAUCGUAGUUUCAAGAUAAAAAUUAAAGAAGAUACUACCUAAACCAAAACUUUGCUAAAUUUGAAAGUUUGAAAUCAACAGUGAUUAAUUAUGUGAUUCAAAAAUCAAUUAAAAUAAUACAUUUUGUUUUUAUAUUACUUCAACUUGUAUUUCAAAUCGACAUCAAAUAGAUAUAAGAUCAUAUUGUGUAUAAUAUAAUUUAUGGUGGGUAAUUUCUUCGUGUGAUAAUGCUAAUGGUUGUGCUAUUGCUAUAGGUGGGAAAGUAGAUCCAUGCAAUUUUAUAAUUCAAUCAAUAAAAAUAUAUAAAGAUAAAUCAAUGUUAAUUAAAUACGAUUUUGAACUAAGUUCGGUCAAACAUGUUUUGAAAUUCCAUGACUUUUACCAUUUUCGUCAAAAUAUAAAAAAAAUAAAAGCUUGUUGAAAAAUUACAACAUUACGCUUAACUACGCUUUUUAAACCAUUAAGAAUAACUUACAAUUCAUAAUAAACCUUAUGUUAAAUUAUUUUCAAUCUUUUUGUCUUGGCUCAAAAAUUAUAUUGACAUGAAUUGAAAAAUAAUAGGUUCACGAAAUGCCGCGUUAUUUUUAAGAUUUUUGUCAAAUUUCGAACUUUAAACACACAUAAAAAAAAAACUAGUACAUUACGCUCAACCUAUUUUUUAUUUGACUAUGAAGUACAAAUUAUAGUGAAUCUCUAGUUAAAUGUUCAAACAUUUUUGCUUGGUCAAAAAAGUUUAAUUAACAUAAAACUAAUUACGGGAAUUAAACUUCCCCCCAUUUUAUUCAGACUUAUUGCCUAUUCGGAUUUAGGACUGUCAGGUACAAAUUAUUGCUAUUGGUAGGUUAAAAAUAUUGACUUUGGUCGUUGUUACGCAAUUAAAAGUUUUAAUCAUCUCGCUUUGGAUUAUUACCAACUCAGUUUUUGUCUAUUAAAUAAUUCAGCUGCAUCUUUAAUAUGAUUAUGAUCAUUUGCACGGUCUAUAAUAAUUUCGUUUUUAUCAUUUUGUUUAAUAUAUGUAUAAUAUGACUUGGACAUUUUAUUACAGUAAUUUUUCCAACAUUGUACAUCAAAUGUUUUGUAUUAACUUUAUUUUGUAUCCAUUUAUAGAAAAAAGUUAUAUUUUUUUUUCACUUAUUAAAAUCACGGAUUUCAUUUUAUCAAUACGAUUUAAAAUCAUGCCAACGUUUAAUACUAUCGUACACGUGCAAUGUUUUAAUAAUACGAACUGCGACUAAACAGACGACACACGUACCCGCUAAUAAAGAAUAAUCUGUGCAAAAUAAUAAUUUGUAUAAAACUGUGAUUUAAUCGCAAAGUAUAAUAAAUGUAUAAAAUUAUAACUUGCACGUAGAAAGGACGCAAUUCGUGUGGUCGUUUAGAAAAACCCGGGACGCAAUAAUUCGUGUAGUCGCUUAACACAUUUUGUUUUCUUAUUUUGGGGCGCAAUUCAUAUGCAGUCGAAUUCUCCUCUCUCUUCGCCGACAUGGUUGUACUUUUAAUUAACCGUUAGCUAAAUAACACGAGUACAUCUACCCGGUGUAGAUCUAUAAUAAUACAUUAUUAAUGCUUGAGUUAUAAAAUUCGAAAAUAGUCACUGUGAGAAAUUAGUGAAACACGAAAAAAUAAAUUAUAGAUAUUAUAGUUAUUAUUAUUGACAAAAACCUGUAUGUGACGGGCCGGCGGAAAACCCUAAGCGAAGCGGUCCACCUAUCCCCGCCGGCCAUCAGUUGCGGUCGAUACGUGUAGGAUCUGAUCGGCAACAGGCUGACGGCAUAUGAAUAACAGCCAACCGCAGUACCCAGGCGCGUUUAUAAAAUAUAAACCGUUUAAUAUAUUCAUUAGUAAUAGAUCCAGUGAAAAACCAGUGAUGCGGUAAAUAAUGAGGUGUUAUAAAAUUUCGCACUUGACUUUUAACUGUCUCAAUAAAUUCUCUUCGUUCAUUUCGGUUAGGCGUUGGCGUCGGUGUUGUGUUUUUUCUCAAAUCCCCCAAUGAUAUGAUCACGUUAAAGCCGUGGUUGAUGCGGUGUAGUUGUGUAUUUGUUACAUACAUUGUAGGCACCCAAGACUUAUGCGCUUACGUAUGUUUUUCUAACAUUUAUAUUAAUUUUUGUUUGAUAACAUCAAUAUUAUGGCAGUUCGAAUCACACAUACCGAAAAUAAUCUUCAUUUAACCUUCGAGAAAAAGAUCGGAUCUUUAAUCAUAAUUGCAAUACCGCCACGAAACCAAUUGUUACACACGGAUUAGCCAUUUAAUUCUGUUAUUUGUAAUUGUUAUAAUUGUCCGAUAUAUUUUUCUGAACACUCAAUACAUAUCGGAGUAGUGAACUUUUACUUCCCGUUGAGCUAUGUUCAUUGAACUGCUAAGUGCAUUCAAAUAACUCUACGAUGAAUGAAUAUGUAAUAAUAUCUAAUAAUAACAAUUAGUAGUAUGUGAUAUAAUACUGCAACGGAGUUCAACAUAAAAUUACGGCAAUAUAUUUUUUAAUAAGUCAUCGAAUAAAGCAUGACAAAAUAAUACGUUUUUAGUUUUUCAAUAUUAAAUUUAUCACAGCAGUGAACAAUAACGAUAUAACUGUAUGUUAUAUUUGUUUAGAUUCUUUUUUUUUAUGCCUGUUAACACGUUUACCUGAAAUCUUGCUCCAAUCAAAAAACAAGAUAGUUUUUUUUUCAUAAAAAUGUUAUCUAGUUAUCAGUUGUACAGAGUAUAGGUUAUUUUUUGGUUUUCCUUUUAGAUCGUUUACUACGAGUUAAAAAAACCAAGAAAAAAGUCUGGAAAACGGGAUAAUUUUUUUAAAGAUAAUGAUUAUGUUUUGAAACCAAAUGAUUACGACGAUAUGAUACGAUGAAUGAUAUGAUAAAUGACGUGAUUUAUAAUAAUAAUGAUUUGAACCCAACUUGUACAGGGGUACUUUACGCACCGCACAAAUUUCAAUGGGCGCUCGGGAACCCGGGCGCCCGUCUUCGUAGUGCCUAUGGACAUGGUAGAAUUUUAAAAACAUUCUGGUGUUUUUUUUUUAGCUGUUUAUUGAUAUUUUAAUUUUUCGAGUUUUUUCGGUUUAUAUGUACCUAUAUAAUUAUUUUUAUUUCUCUAAAAUGCAUGAAAACUCGCUACAAGAUUUAAUAUAAGUUAUUCGUGUAGCACCAUAUAAAUAUCACAAAUCCGUAUAGUUACCUACGAUUAUUUUUAAAAUCGUUUAAAAAUCACUGCAUUUCGCGUACUAUUUUUCGAUUUAUGUGUGAAUAAAAUAUUUUUGGCCGCAUAAAAGUGCUCGACAAUUUGAGAAAACGUUCACUAUAAGUUGUUCUUGGUGGUUUAAACAAAGUGUAACGUAAUGUAAUGUUUUUUUUUUUUUUUUUAUAAGCGUUUAAAAUUCAAAUUGUUAUACAAAUCGUAAAACUCGCGGAAUUUUCGUUAGCAAUGAUUUAUUGUUGUGUAAAAUGCGUACACGCAGAUAUAAAUUAAAUAACUAUAUAUAUAAUUAUUAUCUAUAGUUUUACCUUCCCACUUUCCACCUAUAACAGCGGAACACCUAUCAGCAUCGGCCCUUAAUUUAAAAUUUUAAUACUUCCGAUUUUGAAUUUAUUCUUAUUAAAAAUUAAGAGUUACAAUUAAUCGUUCAUAUUAUAUAUGUAUAUACAUUAAAGUUACCAAGCAACCAAAUUAAUUAAUUUCAUAGGUAUUUUUUUUAUGCAUACUCGUAUUGAUAUUUUAUUUAUUCUCUUUAGUUAUUUUGAGUUUUUUCCUUCAUACAUCAAAGAUGUAUGGAUUGAAGAAAACUAUACGAGUGCGUCGCUUAAUAAUAUCUACUGGCUACAAUUUAAGAUACCCCAAUCGAAUAUUAUAAUUACAUUUUAAAAUUAAAAAUAAAAAUAGUUCUUGGCAAUAUAAAUUUAGGAAAUAUUAUAUCUGCAAAUAGUCUGCAGUAGAUGAUACCUGCAGCGGUGUUCCCAUAGGGUAUACUACAUAUAUGCCGUAUAUACUUACAACAUUUUAUUGUAUAAUCCGUUCACACGACUUAAAAAGAAAACGAAAUAGUUACGACAAUUGUAUUUAUUUCAGUAAUUAUAACAAACAAAUUCACAAUUUUCUUACCUUUUAUAGUACUUAAGUGUUUUGUUUUCGUAAUUUUAAUUUAUCUUUUUUUUAUGAUUGUUAUCUAUUUCCCUAUAAACAAUACGUAAACCAAAACCGUACGAAAGAUAUAAAAUAUCCCAUGUAAGGCGCACGCGGUGUUCUCUCAGUUUACUUUCAAAAAACUGAUAGAAACACAACUAGGCGAUGAUACGCGUGCUUUGCACAGUGUUCCGUUCUUUCGAGUCUUGAUAGUUUUAUUUACGAUAUUUUUUACAAUUUUUUUUUUUUUUUUUUUCGUAAUAUUUUACCCGGCAACAAUUUUGACCAAACCGGUCGUUGUAAUAUUAAUUAUAUUCGAGGCUCAAGGACGUAUUAUGUGUAUAUAUUUAUAUCCAUAUACAUUAUAUAUUAUAUGCCUGCGUGGUUCUUUAUAUGUUCUUUAUACACGCUUAAACGAAGUAAGUAUUAAAAUUUAUUUAGAACAAAUAUAUUAUGUUUGCAGAAUCACAUCGAUGUGUCCGCGGCACAAUAUAAGCGGAUAGUAUUAUCGUCUGCGGCUUCGCGGUAAAUCUGGUCGGUAUAGCGUAGGUGUACCGCGUACCUAUAAUACUUAGGAAUGAACAAAAUUAACAACCAUUUGAGUUAUAAAAUGGAAAGCGCCCAAUCGACCAACGUGAAGUCCACCGACAACCGUAACAACGACGAUUAUUACAAAAACGUCAAGUUGGUUGGUUUCGCGAAGACAGACUCGGAAACCUUAUCAUCGUCCGGAUACAAGAACGACGGAUUUCAGUGGAAUUCCUCGGACAAUUUGUCGACGAAUUAUCCGGCCGCCUAUCGCAGAGAAAAUAACGUAGUUCCUAGUAAGUGUAAAACAGUAAUAGUUAUUUUUUUUUUGGUGGUGGUAGGGUUAUAGUAGUAGUGUAGGGUAGUAAUUAUACAUUUCAACCAGCAAAUUUAUUUUUAAAACAAAACAAAACGAAAAAAUCGAUUUAUUAUUGUUAAUUAUAAUAAAACCGUAUCGGGGAGUUUCGAAUUAUCAUUAAAUUACUAUUGCAAUAAAACCUAUCUGUAUACAUAAAUAUAUAUAUAAAGUAAGACGUCCGAUACACUCACUCACUGAUCAACGCCUAGCCCAAACUCUACUGGACGGACCGGGCCGAAAUUUAGUAUACAGAUAGCUAUUAUGACGGAUAUUAUGUCUGCUAAGUAAGGACUUUUGAAAAUUCAACCCCUAUGAGGUACAAUAGGGGUUUUCAGGUAUUUUUGGUACGGAUAUCGAACAUUGUUUAUUUAUUGAUUUUUGUUUAUUCGUGUGUUGCCUUGGUUAAUUUGGUUGUCACGGACAACCGCGUGUGUUUUGUAUUAAAACCGAAUCGAUCAAUUAAUUGUAAAACUUCAAUCAUUGAAUAGUUCUUACAGUUAUUUUUAAUAUGAUAGUGUAUUAUACAAAAAAACAACGUUUGUGUGCCUGUCCUUUUUUAGAUCCAGAAACUAUUGGACAGAUUUUAACGGGGUUUUUUGCAAAUUAUUCCGCGUAGUCUGGAGAAGGUUGAUAGCUAUUGAAAUUUCUAAAAUUCAACCUCUAAAGGAUAGCUGAUAAGUAUUUUGUGGUAUAAUUUUUGUUGAUUGGGUUACCUUGGUAACAAAGUAAAUAUUAUUUUUUAUUUUAUUUUUUGAUUAUGUGGUAUCUAUGGUAUCUACUGAAUAUAUUUUGUUAAUUCAGCUACAAAAAUAAUAAUAAUAAUAAUAAUAAAAUCUAGCAAUAGUAAAGCAUUGCUGGAACAGCUUUAUUAUAUAAAACGAGCGUUUGUCUGUAUGUUUCUUAUGGCUUCCUAAACCGAUUGUGAUGAAGCUUUUUGAUCAACAUUUUUCCGAUAAGGUUAUAGGCUUUAAGAGAGUCUUAAUGCUCAACCCCUUCACCCUUAAAAAUCAUCCUUCGUAGUGAAAAACGAUAUUAUUAUUAUAGGAUUUUACAUUUUGUUUAUUUAUUUACCUUGAAGACGCGAAUCUAGCAACAAAGCCUAGCAAAAUAACAUAUAGUCCGCUGUAGGACUACUUAAUAUCCAGUUAUUUUUUUUCGUCUAAGAUACUAAGUAAAACGGGAAUAAAGGUAAAAAGAAUUUAAAAAAAAUAGCACAGGCAAUGCCGGGCGGGGGACAGUUAGCAGUUUCAACACGAGUAUUAUUUUCUUAUAACUAUAACAUAAAAACUGAUAAAUAAAAGUUGUAGAUAACACAAAAAUACUGCACACGGGUGAAGCCUGGUUAUUCAGCUAGUUCAUAAAAAAUAAUGUAUUAUUUUAUUAUAUAAUAUUUUUAAAAAACUGCAAUUUUUGAUUAUUAAUUUUUAAUAUAUCAAAAACGAGCUUCAUUAUAAUAUUUUGUAUAAUAUGCAUAAUCGUUUGAUAACUCUCUCGUAUCGUCUAUACUAUAUAGACUUAUUCAGAAAUAUUGCGACACGCAAAUAAUAAAAAUGAACCUUUCCUUUUAUUUUUUUUUUCUAUAAUAUAAAUAAUUCUACCAUAUUGUUGAAAUUAAAAUGUUAUGAAAUCGAUCCUGAAUCUCGCGAUUAAAUUAAUCACUUAUUUACAUAACAGUAGAAGCGCUUAACGUUUUUAAAAACAUUUUUUUUUUUUUUUUACAAACAUUUUUAUGCAAUAAUAUUUUUGAACUAUGUUCACUGUGCAGUUAUAGUUGUCGGAAAUGAUAAGAAUAUAAAAUAUAAUAUUUCGAAAAUUUCAUCGUAAUCGAUACUUAAAUGGCUAUAAUAUUAUACACGCAUGCUUAGUUAUUGAAAUACUAUAUUUGUUAUAUAUUAUUAUGUGUUAUGUAUUGUGUAUUAUUAUGUGUUAUGUAUUAUUAUGUAUUGUAAGUCGUACCUAUCGAUUAGUCGACAUUAAUACCGAAUUUCUAAACGAAUGAAUAAUUCAUGUACCGUGUAGGCAUAUUAAUGAUAUUAAUAUGAGAUUCAUAUCAGAUUCAUUCGGUUCUAAUAAUUGUUAUGGAAUCUAUACUUAUUAUAUAUGCGUACCCACACAAUAUAAUAAUAUACAAAAAUCAAAUUAAGAAAAACUACCAUUAUACUUACGUCACAGUAGUUGAUUAGUUACAGUUUUAUAAUUACGCACAUUAAUGUUAUUGUUAUAUUAGAAUAAUAAUGGUAGUCCGCAAUCAAAAAGAUUGACUAUACAUUCUAUGGCUAUAAUAUAGAAAGACUGGACAUGAAAAUAAACUUUUCACCUUUUUUAUUAAUUUAACUUAAGCCUGGAUUCUGAGAGUAGCGAAGAAACUGUUAUAGUUACUCGGUUGAUUUUUAUCUCGGAACACCCUUCUUCGAUUAGUAAAAGUGAUCCUAUACCCUAAAAAAUACCGACUAGGUGAUAAGUUCGAACCAAUUGUCUAAAUUCCAAUCAGUGUUUCCGAACAAUUUUAAAACCAAUAUCAAUUUUAUUUUUGUUCCCUUGACUAUAAUGGAAAAUUUUAAUUUGAAUAAUAUAUACUAUAACAUUACUAUAUAUUUUUUUUUUACAUAUAUUUUUGUUAUUGUAAUGUUUGGUAUUAUUAAAAACCUACUGCUGCACCAGAUUCACAUGUGAUAAAAAUGUAUAUCAAUUAUUACUUGUUCAGUAAUAUUGUUGUUUUUUGUAAUCUUGUUUAUGUUAAUUCCAUACUUCCAUCAAAUCCCUAUUGAUCUAAAAGUUAAAAUUAUGUAGACGUGAUACAAUUUUCAAUACAUUUUAGCUAUUUUCAAAAGGUACUUUAUUAGUUAUAUUUAAUGGUCUAAAAAAAAAAUUGGAGUUUAUUGCAUUCGUUUUAUUUUUCAUAAGCGUUUUAAGAUCAAACUUUGACGAAAAUUUAAAAAAUUACUGCAUUUCAAAAUAUGUCUUACCGAACUUCGCUCUAAAUCGUUUUUCGUUAGCAAUGGUUUAUCGUCGCAUACAGAUAUAAAUUAAACAACUUUUUGUAGAACUGGUGUGAAAUUUCGUAUAAAACUAACAUAUAAACCGAAAAUGUCUAAAAAUAACUUGUCCUCUUUCUCGUGACCUCUAUUCAUGAAUGCAUAUGUAUUUUAGAUUCUGAGUGCAGCGAGAUAAGUUAUUAUUUUAUAAUACAAUAGGAUACAUUUUAUUUGUUUUGUUUAUAUUAUAAUAUUGUAUUAACUAGUAAAUAGUUAGAUGUUACUUCAGUAUGCGGUCUACUUAGUUCGAGCGACACAAAAAUAUCUUUAUACAGUAUGAAAUUCUCUAUACAAAUAUAAUAAUAAAUGUACAAAAUAAAUUGAUCAUGAUAAUUAUUUAUUUUAGUUUAUUUAAUACCCAUAUCCCUGCAAACAUUAUAGGGUAUACUUAUUUACACAGGUAUAAGGUUUAGAUCUUCAGAUUGGUAUACAGUUUAGGUCUAUAUUAAACUGAUUCGUAUGUCAAAACGGAGCCGGUUGGCGUAGUGAUUUAUUAUUACACGUGUAACCUUAAAAAAUUAAAGACACUACAAUUUAAUAAUACAAAUACAUCGGUGGUCCAAUCACAUGUAUUUUUGAACAGUUUUAAGCAUAGAAAUUUAAAAAUGUAUGCAGAAACGUACUGGUAGACUGCAUGUUGAAUUAAAAAGCGGUAGACCACAUAUGAAAAUAAAACCCUGUAUAGUUAUCUAAAAUUGCAUCAUAUAGAUAUUUUCUAAUACAUUUUUUAAGUAUUUUAAGUAUAAAAAAAGACAGACAUAUUUCGCACGAUGGGGGGGCCAUUGUUGUAGGUGAGAAGUUGAUAAGAGGAAUUUAAUGCAUAUCAUUAAUAGAAAAGAUUAAUCUUUGCUAACGAAAAACUACUCUGAACAAUGUUCGGAUAUAUUUAUUUAAAAGUCCAAAAUGUUUAGGCUUUUCGUCAAAAUCUAUUUUUAAAAUUUGUAUUUUUUUAUUUGUAAUUUUUUUAAAAAAAAAUCAAAUUAAACUCAACUUUUUCUUUUUGACUACUAAGUACAAUUUAUAAUGAAGCUCUUGUUAAAUUACUAAGCAUUUCUGUUCGGUCUUUUACACAAGCACACUAUUUGAAUGUAGAUAUUAUGAGAUAUUAUUGUGUUUACCCAAUAAUGUGUGCUGAGUUCUGUUCUGUGUAAUAAUUAUAAUUUGAUAUUCUCGGAAAAGACUAUAGUUUUGAACAUUUUCAUGUACGUACACAAAAAAAAAAAUAUUUAGGGGAUUCAUAGAAAAUGUACAGUAAUCAAUAUUACCAACAUUAUAUCAAUAUUUAUAAAAAUAUUAAAUUGAUAUAAAUAAAUUACACAACUAUUAAUUAGUUGAACUUAAAUUGGUUGAUUAAUAACAAUUCAAUUUAAAUGUGUUAAUUUGUAGCUUUCUUCAAAUUAACUUAACUGAAUUAAUUGUAUUCUGUAUUCUUAAUUAACUGUACUCUUGUAAUGUAGUAUAUAGUAUUAUGUAUUAUAAUUUAUAAUUUAAUACAGUGUUACAUAAUAUAUUCAAAAUAUUUAUUAAAUUAUUAACCUUACUAUGAGUAUCAAAAAAAAAAAUGCAUUAGAAAAUAUUAGAAAAUAAUUACAGGAAUAUGUAUAUUGUAUAUUCGUGUGUAUUCCCAUAAAUAAAAGUGGAAAAAAAAUAACGGUUAUAUAACACUUUAGAGUUACUUGUUAAUUACAUUUCCUAAAAAACAAAUUCCAAAAAAUGAUAAUACUUCCCUAAAUAAUGAAUGUCUUCUGUUUUGUUGAUCACUCUCUAUAAUUUUAUAGUAAUUAUUGUAAUUUAAUUACUAUAAAAUUAAAUUAUUGCAGAGCUAUAUUUCUAUUAUAAUUACUGAACAUAACAAUAAGAUAAAAACGUAAAUUGUUUAUGUACGUCAUCAUGUAAACGCAUGGAUCUAAGAUAAAAUAUUUAAAUAGUUAAAAGAUGUUAAAUAUUGGGACAAUACGCAUAGAAGUGAUUGCAUCUUAUUAUGAGAAACCAUUUAAUUUUGAAUUUACAAUCUGUAAAUGACACAAUAAAGUUAUAAAUUAAAAUUAUUAUUGAUAUAAUACAAAUGUUAUUUAUAUUUAAACUCAUUACAUUUAAAAUAAUUGUUAUUCAUUAAUCACAGUUGGUUUUGACAGUAAUAGUGUAUUCAAACUGAUGACUAAGAAUGUUCAAUAUAAAUUAUAUUUUAUCCGUGAUUAUGAUUCAGACGAACGGAGAAACCUGAUAAUAAUUUUAUUCCAAACGCAAAAACGAUAACCGGAUUUUAGUAGAGAAUUGCGAAUAAAUUAUUAAGGAUGUUGUUUUCUUUUUGUAGAAUCCCCACCUCAUUAAAAAGCCUCGGUUAUAUUGAUUUUGACUUGCAAAAUAAACCUGAAAAACCUGCGGAAACUAACAGUCUAAACUCUAAACUUAUAUAUGCGUCAUACAAAAUUUAUUCAUUCCCUGCUAGCAAAUAGGAAGUAUAAUAGCUUAUUCUACCUAGCUUGUCAGUUCAAUUAUUGGAAUUUUAAAUUUGAAAAUAAUUUCCGUUUUACAUUUUGACGAUGAUGAUAAAUUUUUAAUUCGAAACCGGUCGUAUAAUACACUAAUCAUAAUACUUCAGGUGACGAAUUCAGUAAUUAAUUAAUUUUAUUUUUAUAUAUAAAUUUGUGUUUAUACAUUUAUUUACUUUAUUUAAUUGAUAGGAUCUUAGAAAAAAAAAAUUAACUAAUAUUGUCGAGGAAGAAAUUUCGUUUUUUUUUUUUUUUUUUUUUUUUUUUAACGUAAAUAACAUUUAUAAUAACUAGAGUCUAAUAUGAUUAAUUUGAAAGCCAUAAAAAAAAAAAAAAAAUGUAAUAUUUAAUACGUAAUGGUUAUGAACAAUUAUAUAACUGAUAUCGAGGAUGUUUAUGGUUGAUAUUAAAGUUGUUAUAUAUCACUUACAAUUAUAUGUAAAUAUAUUUUUAGAUUCUGAGCAAAGCGUGGAAUGUAUUGGUUUUUUCAAUUUGUUUUGACUUAUGAAUAACCAGGUCUGUCUGUACAAUUUUUAUCAGAGAUCUUACCACAAUUGUCAAGUUGAAGAUUGAUUUCUGAAAGUAAGUUUUAUCCUGUUGGUCAAUCCCGAGGGGUUAAUUUUGUGCCGUUGUGUACAAUAUUAAUCGUAUUGAAAUUUUAAAAUGAUGAUAUAAUACAACUAUAUAAGAGAUAAUGUCAAGAUAACUGUGUAAAUGUGUGUACCUAUCUGUAUUAUGCAAAUAUACUAUUUCUAUGCAAAAUGUUUUGUUGGCAUAUGAUUUUAAGUGCGUAAAUAUUCUUUAUAACUAUAAGUUACCCAUAUGAGAGAUUUACACCAUUAUAUUGUUUGUAUUAUUAAUAUUUUUUAAGCUGGGAACUUUCUAUACUAAUAAAAUAAUAUAAAUUUAAACCACCGAGCAUAUAUUUUAUAUUUGACUUAAUAAGUUUUACUAAUAAAAAAAAAAAAAUAAUAAUUAUAUUACAAAAAAUAAAAUACUAAAUAUUAAAUUUUCUCGAAAAAAAUAAUUAUCCUUUAGAUAUUUUCAUUUUGUGUCAUUUAUAUAUAGUUAUUGAUUUACCUUAAACUACGGGUAUCUGAAAAAUUGACCAAGUGCAAUAGUUUUUAUUUGUUUAUAUUUUUUAAGUUUUUUUUUUUUUUUUGAUUCAAAUAUUAGUGCCUUGCACAAUGAUUAUUAUACUACAUUUUAUAAACAUAAUAUUAUUACACAAAUGUUUACUUAUUAAAUUUCAAGAAUUGUUUGAAGUCCACGAUAGUUAAAAUAGUUUUCAAUGCCAUUACUAAAGAAUUUUAAUUAUAAUAUAUUAUAUUUAUUAUUACUUAGUAAUUAUUCAUAGUUUUAGUGGCGAUGAAAAAAAUGUAAAAUUUCUUUAUAAAAUUAAAAAAAUUUAGAAAAUAAACGUUUCAUCAUAAUUAAACAUUUCUAACAGUAACACCAUUUAUACAAUUUAUAAAAUAGCUAUCAUUGACUUACAAAAGAGACUUUUAAAUGAGUUACGGCAUCCUUCAUAAAUUGUAUAAACCUAUUUUAUGCUUAUGUAAAUUCAAUAGAAUUAUUUUAAGUUAUCAAUCUGUACUUAUGAAUACUUGCUUGUUUUUAGUCUAAAUUUUUUCAAUUUUUUUGAGGAAUAAGUACGUAUUUAUUUAUUAUUUCUUUCGAAAACCCUUUGGGGAAUAAAAAAAUGACCUCUCUAAUAUAUCGACUAGACAAAAUUUUCUUUCAGGAAAGGUACUGUACUCUGUACAUCGGAGCAAGAUUUCGUUUCGAAAAGUUGUUUACAGACUGAAAAAAAAUUUAAAAAAGCACACAUCAUAGUAAAACUAAUAGAUCUGUUGCUACGCUCCGAAUCUAAAAAAACGACACACAAGAUACAUUAUUGUACUAACGGAUAAUUGUACAACGUCGCUACACUCCUCGUUUAGGUUAGGUUAUGAUGAUAUAGUGUUAGUAAGUAGGCCAUUGUUGAAGAUGGGAUGUUUGGAAGGGGAGUUUGUAUGAAAUAAUAAUUUGACAGGAACUUUUGCUAAAUAGAAAUCGUAUACACACGUGCUAAUACUACUCAAACAUUUUUCAGCGAUCGAUUUCCAUUUUAUAAAAAAAAUAAUUAACUAAUUAUUAAUAAUUACUAAUUAGGUAUAUGUUUAAGUAGUGCGUACCAUAAUUGUUCGUAAAUAAAAAUCAGUCGGCAACUAAGCGGUAUAAUAUUUUUAAUACUAUCGAAGAAGAAAAACUGACAACAACUGUUAAAAGUUGACGGCUCCGACGAAAUUAGUUUACUAUCUAUUAUGUUCGCAAAAACGUGUUAGGUACUAAUGUGAUCUUAUGGACUUAGCUCAAAUUGUACAGGUCGUGAUAGAGGUAGAAAUCGGAUUACGUAUGUAAGUCAAAACUAUUAAUAUUGAGACUUGAAAUAUUUAUAUUAUCAUAAUAAUAAUUUUCAAAAAAAAAUUAAGUAAAGAUGUUUACAUGUGUAUUACAUGAAGGUAUAUAUAAACAUAAGCAAAAAAAAUAGAAACUUUUUGACCGAAUUACCUCUAACAAUAAUAAAAAAUUAAAAAUAAUAAAACGGUUAUUUCUGUAAACAUUUUCGUUUUUCCUUUGUUUUUUCCAGUUUCGUCCAAUUAUUCAAAAAACCCUAUAGAAAUCAAUAACUGACUUUUUUACAUUCUAACUAAACAGAUUUUUUUUUUAAUGUAAACAUGCUACACAAAAUGUCGGUGCAGUAUUUUAAUAGAAAAAAAUUUAAAUAAUGAAAUUGUGAAUGUAAUAUAUUUGUUUUUUUUUUACGUUUUGUGUUGUUUUUCCCAAUUGUUAUACAAAUUAUAUGGAUUUGUCAUAAUUUAUAAAUAAUGUAAAAUUGAAAUUUUGGACUUUUACAAUUGUUGAUUGUUAAUACCUAAGAUUUGUUAUUUCGUUUGUAAAAGUCCGAACUUUAAUAGACAAUAAUCAUUCGGGUUCAACCGAGUUAUUUUGUAUAUUCUACAGGUUUAACUGGUUAAACUUAAGGUAUACUUAUAUUCGUUUUUUUUACUGUAAUUUAAUAUGUAAAUACAAUAAAAAAAAUCGACUUAUAUUAUACAGGUUAAAUUUUUAUUUUUUUUUUUUAACUAAAAAAAUCAAUUUGUUUUAAAGACGUUCCGGAAAGUGAUACAAUCAUGUUGCCCGUUUACCCGGAUCCAGUACAUCGGUGUUGCACGAGAAAAGUAUUAUACAAACGUAUCCCAAUUCUUCAGUGGUUACCGAAAUACACGCUUAACGAACAUGGUAUUCCCGACUUGGUAGCCGGUAUCACGGUUGGAUUGACCGUUAUUCCGCAAGCUAUAGCGUUCGCUAACGUAGCCGGAUUACCUCCACAAGUAAGUAGGCAAUAUUUUUUUUUUUUUGUAAACGACAUUUAUCUCAGAAGUGGAUGUUAUAUGAGAUUUGCAUAUUUAUCUUCUAGUCUGGCUGUUCCUUUCCGUUUAACAUGCAUGCAAGGUUAUAGGUUAUGUACUAUUAAUUAUACAUCGUGACGAACGAUUAAUUCCGGGAUAUUGAAAAAACCACAUAAAUAAAUAAUUUAUUUAUAAUUUUGCCUUUUUUUGUUUUUAAAUCAAUUUUCAAAAAUAAUUUAAAUAAACUUAAAAAAUCGUUCCUGUUCCUGUUUAUCCAUUGUCUAAAAAUAUAAACCGGCUUUAACUUAAACCGGAAUAGCUUUUAGAAUGCGAUAAUAACCGUUUUUAUAUUAUUUAAUUACAUUGUAUUAUGUUAUUUACUGAGUAUAUUAUAUCUUUUUUACUUAAUCAACAUUUUCAUAACCGGUUACAAUAGGUAUGUCGUAUGUCUAUAGCAGCAUUUCUCAAACUUUUUACAUUCACGUUCCUUAUCACAACCUCUCACCACUGCUUUACGGACCCCCAAAUGUUAAUUUGUUAUAUAUUUUCACAUAAUAUAGAUAAGAUAAAUUUCACUUUUUUUGCUAUUGCGCAGUUUUUUCCACGAACCCCCUAAUACCUUCUUAAACCCUUAGGAGUCCGUAUACCCCUGGUUGAGAAACGUUGGUCUAUAGCAGUAUUUCCCAACCUUUUUUUUACUCAACGCUUCUUUUAGUUUGUCAAAAAACUCGUAUCGCCUCCUCUCCGAUAAAUUAAAAAAAAUUACAAUUUAGUUUUUAUAAUCAGCCAUUUAAUUAAAAUGAAAAAUAAAUAUUUUUUUCACAUUUUGAGCUCGGACAUUUUAUUAUUAUUACGAAUUAGUAUAACUAACGUACAUGCACACUAAAUUAUAUAAAUUCAUGUAAUAAAUACAAGUAUACAAUAUUGUCGAAAAUAUCCGUAUGAAAAUGGUACCUUUCGUUGUUAUUUCGCUGAAUUUCGCUGUUAUUGUAGUGUGUAUAAAAUAUUUAAUUAUUUAUUAUUUUCUAUUGUACGCAGUUAUACAUUUCAUUUCAAUAAGUUAUGAAUUUGCUAAUAUUGUUUUAAUAAUAAUUUAAUUGUAUUUAAUAAUAGCGAAUUAUUUUCAAUAAUAAAAGUCACAGUAGGAUCGUCCUCUUAAGUAAAAAGCCUCCCUCAAAAUUAAAAAAACUCACAAGGAGUCUAAACCGCCCACGUUGGAAAUCACUGGUCUAUAGGUUAAUGAUGUGUAUAGAAGCCGGAAUUAUAAGGAUCUAUGAAUUCCCAGUGAGCACCAAAUAAAUUAUAGAAUAUUUAUAUGAUAAACUAAAAUAAUAAUAUGAGUAUAAGUUUAGAGGAACAAGACAAAACAAAUAACCAUAAUAAGUGGUUAUAGGCGAGGUUGAGAGUUUUAAGUGCCAAGAAUCUUUUGUACAAAAUUAACGAUGGCUUUAAUGAGGAUGUGAAACAUAGAAUUAAGUGUGGUUGGAUAAAGUGGAGAGAAACGUCAGGUAUUUUUUAUGACAAGGGAAUUCCAAUGAGAUUUAAAGUUAAGUUCUACACAAAUGUAGUGAGACUGACUAUGUUGUAUGGUUCGGAGUGUUGGGUGGUAGACAUAAACAUAGGACAGAGUAUGAAUGUAGCCGAAAUAUAAAACCACCUAUGUGAAUGCAUAGGUAGAUAAGUGGAGAGACGAGAUAGGAUUACGAAUGAGUACAUAAGAGGUAGCUUGGACGUGGCUUCGAUAGUAGACCAAAUGAUAGAAAAUAGACUAAGAUGGAGAGAAAGACCGAAAAAAAGGUGGUUGAAUGCAAUUGAGAAUGAUAUGAGGACAGUCGGUGUAUGCUAGGUGGGAGAUCGUAUCAAGUGUAAAUUUAGAACAAUGGUAGCACACCCAAAUAGUUGGGAUGAAGGUCAAGGUGAAGUAGAAGAAAAGAAUAAUUGGUACAUUAAUAUAGUAUAUGUUCCAUUAUUAAUUUUAUUCUACAAUUAUACGACACCGAGAUUUUUUUCGCCCAAGAAUAAUUUGUUAGAAUAGUCUAAAUAAUUCAGAAUAACGUAAUAAUAAAAUAUAUAAAAAUUAAUUUCAAAAUAAUCCAUGAGUGUGCAUUUAAUAUUCAGAGAAUAUUCCUAUAAUUUCUUGCACUUCAAUGGGAUUUGAACCAUAAACCAAUAAAAUUAUAGCUGUUUUACAGGUAUCUAGAUAAGUAAAAUGUGUACGGUUAACAAGUAUGAUAACAGGGUUAAUUACCUACAAUAUUUUCAGCCUUUCAGUAAUUAUAGCAUGGUCGGUAUUUUUGAUAAUUCGUAAUUAUCCUUAAUACCUAUAUAGUAUUUUCAAUAAUUCAUAAUUAUCUCUAUUCCUUUACAACAGUAUUUUCCGUAAUUUUAUUGGUUAUCGUCGAUAUGUAUACAUACCUAUUACAUCCAAGGCACAAACUAAUUUUUAUUUAAAACCCCUAUUUCCCAGAUAUAAAAAUACACCUAUAUAAUGCCGUAUUCUGAAGACACAGGAGAAACGUAUCCCCCUCCCUCCGAUGUUUUUCUUGUUAAUUUAGGUUAUUGUGCUGUAUCAUUUUAUGUUUUAUAAUUCUGAAAAAUAAUAAGUAAUAUUAUAAAUUAUAAACGAUUAAUGUCAUGCUCCAACCUAAAAUUUACUACUGCAAUAAUCUUAUUAGAUGAUAAAUAUAUUAUGGUUAGAACAAUAUGUGCCGACUGGACUUGUAUCUUCAUAAUGUAUGCACAAUGUACAUGAUUUGAUACUGCUGAUAGGUGUCCAACUGUUGUAGGUGAAAAGUUGAGAAAGUAGGAUAUACUAGGUUAUUUAAUUUAUAUAAUCUGCACACAACGAUAACCCAUCGUUGCUAACGAAAAAUGAUUCUGCGCGAGGUUCCGUUAUAAAUGUUUUGAAUUACUAUAAUUUUAUAAGUACGAAUUUUAUCAACAUAUGAUCUUAAAACGCUUACAGAAAACGACUACAAUAUGUUAACCUGUUUUUAUUAUUAUUUGUUUUUUUAAAUCACUAAUUUUAUAUACCUUCAUUAAAUUGAAUUACAAUAAACAAAUCAAAUUGAAAAUAUUUAAACCGUUAAUUCCGUAAACUUUUCCGUUUUUUCCAGAUUUUCCACUUAAAAAAAAAAAAAAGAUUGUUUUACAUACAUAUAAGGCAACAUUUUCUUUUUUGAAAAAAUAAUACAAUUGGCAUUUGAUGCAAGAAUUCUGGUAGAAAAAAAUUGAACGAAUUUAAAAAUAUGAAAUAGUAAACAUUGUAAAAUUAUUCGUUUUCUUGUCUUGUUUUUCCCAAUUGUUAUAAAAACUCCUUGGAAAAUCAAAAUUCACUUUUUUGCAUACAAUCUAAAUAACACGAUGACAUAAUCUUUCUAAAAAUAAUGCUACUCUGGAAAUUUCAUGCAAAAUUUCUAAUAAAUACAUUUUUUACAGACGGAAUAAAAAUUACUGAUAUCUAAAAUUAUUACUGAACAAUAUUUUUCAUCAGAAUACAAAAUUAUAUUUGUUUAUCUAUGAAAAAUACAUAUUUUUUAGCGUCAUUAAUCAUUACAUAUUAUAAAUACCUUAUGUCUGUAACGAAUAUUGAUUUUUGACGAAUAAAAAUAAAAAUACUUUGAUAUAAGUUUUUAUUUAUUUUUUUUUUACCUACGAAGAUGAUUUGACAAUACGACCUACUUAAGAAUAAUACCUAGCCAAUAAUAAUACCUAGAAUAAUAACACAGCCUACUGUGUGUUGCAUAGAUUAAAAUAACAGUUUUAAAACUUUGUAUACAUAUUGCAAUCCAUAAUAUUUACCCAAUUUUUAACGUGAUUUUUUAUUUAAAAUAAAGUUAAAAUUUAACACCAGGUGGGGAGGGGUUACGUUAUCGAAUGACAAUCAUGCAGUGAAGGGUUAACUUCGGCUAACCUUAAGGCUACCUUUUUUUAGGCUUCGAUUUUGUUAUUAUAAUGAAUUAAUUAUUUAUUUUAUACAUUUGAUAAUCGUUAUAUAUUUUUAUUAGGUACUUUAUCAUUCGAUUCAUAAUCAGAAAUCAUUGCAUUGUAUCGUUUUAAGUAUUUAUGCCAUAUUAAUCAAAUAACCUGUUGAAUUCGAUAAAUAGAAAUUAUAUUAACUAUUUAUAAGCACUGCAGUUUUAGUAAUUUAGAAAAACUUUAAUUUCAUUGUAUUUCUUUUUUAUAAAAUACAUACCAUAGUUCGUUAUGAAACGCCAAGCAGCCGGCAUUGUAAAUUAUUUAUAUAGGCACCUAUAGAAAAGUUGCAAUAUCAGCAUCCGGUUAAAAUUUAAUUACAAAUUAAUAAUAUUUAGAAUUGUACGAUGUGUAUUAUUGCAUUCAAUAUAAUAAUAUAAUAGUUGGUAUUUAACUUUUCCAAUGUUUUUCGACUACAUAAUAUUAUAUGAAUACCUACCGAAAUUCUUUAUGUCGAGUUCAAAGUAUUGUAGUUGUCAUUGUCAUUUGUGGUUAACCUGUUAACCAGUGACGGUACGUUUUUAUAUAUUAGCAAAUUUGUCGAUUGUGUCAUUGCAUCGUUGCAAGUUCGAGGUCAAGUGAUUCCACAAGACAUAUUCUUUCAAAACCGUAUAAUAAUAAAUAAAAAAAAAAAAAACACAGCUAUAGAUUUAUUAUUAUUACAUAGAGGUAUAGGUACAACGUAUAACCUUGAUAUUGGAUAUUAUAAUUAAUGGUAUAACGAAAGCCUAGUAGUUAUUAUAAUUUAAAUUUGCUGUGAAUCUCGAUGUAUUUACAACUAUACAUACUGAUAUAAUAAUUGGAAUGAUUACAAUUUUAGAUAGGGCUGUACUCGUCGUUUAUGGCAUGUUUUGUCUAUACGAUUUUUGGUAGCUCUAAAGAUCCUGCAAUGGGCCCUACUGCAAUAAUGGCAAUCAUGACUCGUGAAAAUAUACACAAUAUGGGGCCGGAAUUUGCUAUCCUAUUAUGUUUUAUAACCGGUAUCGUACAACUUAUUAUGGGAUUCGCUCAGUUAGGUAAGUUAUCGCAUAGAUAAAAAAAAAGAAAUGUAUGAAAAAAAAAACGAAUACCUUUAGGUACCAGUUUAUAUACCGAAUAAAAUAUUACUGAUUUUGGCGUCUUUUAUGAAUACCUGUUGUGUACAGGUUUUUUGAUUGACUUCAUAUCUGGACCUGUUUCGGCUGGUUUUACAUCUGCUGCCGCAAUCGUUAUAGCUACGUCUCAAGUAAAAGACUUGCUUGGUAUUAAUAUAAAAUCGAAUUCGUUCUUGGGAUUUUGGGAUCAACUAGCUGUGCACAUUAGAGAAAUCAGCAUAGGUGACGGAACACUUGGAAUUACCUGUAUGAUUGUUUUAUUGCUGUUGAGAGUAAGUUGUUUAGUUUAUACAUACUAUAUAGAAAAUGAUAAAUUUUUAAAUUCUGUUUUGAAAUAUUCUAGAAAAUGAAAGACAUCCAAAUUGGCCCUCUGGAUAUAAAAGAAAAAUCGAGUGGCCAAAGAAUGAUUUCGUCUAUUAUUUGGCUGAUUUCAACGGCUAGAAACAUCAUAGUAGUAGUUUUUUGUGCUUUAUUGGGAUACUUGUAUCAGAAGCACGGGAAUCUACCAUUUAAACUUUCGAGUAAUUCUACAGUAUUUAAGUUAAAAUAAUCAAAGUAUUAUAAUAUGAUACAAAAUAAUAAAUUUUUUUCAUAUUUAUUUUAUUAGGUUAUGUUGAAUCUGGUCUUCCAGAUUUUAAACCACCACCCUUUGAAAUUAGAGCUGGGAACGAGACGUACAAUUUCGUCGAGAUGACUUCCAAAUUAGGUUCAGGGAUUUUGGUGGUGCCACUUUUAUCUAUUUUAGAAAACAUAUCGUUAGCUAAAUUUUUUGGUUGGUUAAUUUUAAAUAUCUUCAUAUACCUACGUACAUUUAAGGUUUUUUUUUCUAGCAUUAUUUUUUUAUUGAUGUAAAUCUGACAAUAUUUAUCUAUUAUCUAUUGUAUACGUGCGUUCAUAACUGUAAACCAUGUAUUGAUUAAUCGUGUAUAAAAUAUACCUUAUGUAUUGUAUGUGUAUGUAUGUGUGUGUGUGUGUGUGUGUGUGUGUGUAUCGUUAUUUAAAAAUGUGUAUUGUUUUAUUUAUAGCUGACGGUAAGACUGUCGACGCCACUCAAGAAAUGCUCGCCUUGGGCGCUUGUAAUUUAAUUUCGUCUUUUGUCGGAUCAAUGCCGAUAUCUGGUGCUUUAUCGCGAGGUGCCGUGAACAAUGCUAGUGGCGUGAAAACAACGUUCGGCGGGGUUUACACGGGUAAAAUCCGGUUAUACAAUAUGUUAAAUUUAUAUACCUAUUUAAUCGAUACUCGUAUUUUUAAAAUUCAAUUAUAGUUUCUAAAACGUUUAUAAUAUUAAAAAAUAUACAUAUAAUCGCUUUAAAAAUGUUUAUAAAGGAGCUGCGUUAAUGUAAACCGAUUUUUUUUUUUUUUUUUUCAUAGGAAUAAUUGUCAUAAUAGCGUUACAAUUUUUCACCCCAUACUUCGUCUACAUUCCCAAAGCGGCGCUGGCCGCUGUGAUAAUAGCUGCCGUGGUGUUUAUGGUCGAAUUACACGUUAUCAAGCCAAUGUGGCGAACCAAAAGUACGUAUAAUCGCACGCAUAAUGACCAAAAUGAGUGUAUGAACAGUUUUAAUUUUUUUUUUUUUUUUUAGAAUUAGAUUUGAUACCGGCAUUCGCUACGUUUCUUUGUUCAUUGUUAAUCCGCUUAGAAGUCGGGAUUGUCGUCGGCAUUGCGAUAAACGUUAUAACACUACUUUAUACUCUGGCUAGGCCAAGAGUCCGCGUCGAAAAACAGAUAGUGAGUAUCUAUAUAUUAUGUAUGAUAAAAUGCAUCGUGAAUUUUGCUCGUAUAAUAUUAGACUAAUAUUCUCGAUUUUUUUUUUUCUAAUAGAGCGAAUUCGGUUACGAGUAUUUAGUUAUAACGCCAGACCGCAGUUUGGUUUUUCCCUCUGUGGAGUACGUGAGAGCAGUGGUUACCAAAGCUGGACUCAAGCAAGGGUUGAGUUCAAUACCGGUCGUGAUCGACUGUAGACACAUACAAGGAGCAGACUUCACUGCGGCAAAGGUAUUAUAUAUACCUAGUUAAUUAUUUUGAUAUGGAAUCACCAUUAUUGAGAUGUACUAUUGGCCGAGACUUAUUUUUCGUUGUGUUUACAGGGCGUUAAAUCUUUGAUAGACGAUUUCGUCAGAAGAAAUCAACCGUUGAUCUUUUACAAUGUCAAACCUAGCGUAAUUUCUAUUUUCCAAGGCGUACGGCCAGCCGAAUUCAAUUGUUGUAACACCGAACAACAAUUACAUGAAAUGUUAAAAGGUACUUUACAAAUUUGUAUUUAAAAUCCGUUAAAAUGGGAACCUAUACUGCACCUAACUGUUGUCCGAAUAAUUCCUAUUGAUAUGAUGUGAAAUUAUAAUAUAAAAUAGGAGUAUGGUAAAGUACACGACGUUGAAACGUCUUGUAUGAAAUUCGUAAAAAAUUCAAUUGUCGUAGGUAUAAUUACUUUCAAAAUACACGUUCAUAAAAUAUAUACAUAUUCUUUAAAAUAUAUUGUUUACACAAGUCUAUCACUGAUCCAUGUAGGCAACAGGUCAAUGUACCAAAACUGUGGUUUGCCAUAGAAUCAUCAUACAAAUAGGUGUGGUUUAAUUAUUGUUCACUUGGCGAGACGUCAAGAAUCAUUUUGAACAUAGAUAAUGAUUUUUCGUAUUUUACUUCAAAUAGAAAAUGUAUACGACUAUUAUUAUUCCAAAAUGUUUAUUAUUCGCUAAGCCUUGUGUAACGCGAACCGUUCAAUUUGAUUUAAACAAAAUCAAUCAAUUGACAUAUCGACAGAAAAUAGACUAAUAGAUACCUACGUCCUACACCGGAAAACUACUCGAAAUAUUCGUUAAAAUAAUAUUAUAUUUUGUGUGUAAUUUUAAUUCACGUAUAAUAUUAUGCUUUCAAAAUAUUCUCUAAUAAUUUACAAAAAAAAUGGUUUUAUUUAUUAUAUUUGUUAUAUUACAUAUAUAUUAGAAUAUUAGAUAUAUACACAAAUCGCUAUGCUAUACAAAAAAAAAAAACUCUUCUUUGCUUCGUUCACAUUAUACUAAAAUUUAUUUUAAAAAACGUGAUUAUAUACAACUAUAAAACAACAAUAAUAUUUAAAUACAAACUGUUCUGUCUAUGUUAUUCAAUGAUUUUGAUUUUUACUUAAAAAUCAAAAUCAAUCUCGUACUAUUUUAAUGUAAAACAUUAUGAUUAAACUAGACUACACUAUACAGUAUACCUAAUUAUAUUAUAUUUCAAUUGGUUUUGCUUUGGUUUUUGUUGCAGGGUAUUAUUUUAGCAAAAUGCAGACUUUGACGUUGUGAGAUAUAUGAUAUUUACGUCAAAAAUCUGGUCCCACCUAAUAAGUUGUACAAAUAAUAAAUUAUAUAUUACGUCCUAUAUUAUGAAAAUAAACUGUAAAUUAUAGUUAAUAGUUUAAAACUUAAACACGAAUAAAGGAUCUUGUGUAGGGAAGUAUACCUACUGUAGUAUGACGAGUAUAUUAGUUAUAAAAUUAAAAUAGCUAUUUAAAUUCUGUUCAUUUUCACAAUAGUUAAGUUGUUUUUUUUUAUAUAAUUGUGUAUUGUGAUCGUCUAUUGUGUAUUGUGUAUUAUCAUUAAUGUAUUGUAUAAAUCAUGAUAGGUUACAUUUUAUUUUAUUUUUAUUUUUUACGCGUAAAUUUAAAUACCUAAAAUGUUAAGUUCUAAAUCUUCGGUCGUAAUACUAUAUACGUAAAGUACCUAAUAAAAUUAAUAUUAUGUACCUAUACCAAUGUUUUAAUUUAUAUUAAAACAUAUAUACUUACCUAUAAGUAUAUAUAGGUGAAAUAUUAUGAUAUAUUAUAAUAUGAACAAACUGUAAAAAUUAAAUAUAAACAAUUCCAAAUUUGUUAUUACUACUUUUAAUCCACUAAAUUUCCAGCUAUAAUCGCAGUUGUUUUUGUAUUUGCAAUUAUAAUUUUUGUUAAAGACACAAAAUUUUUUAUCAAUUCUCGAAUCGGAAAAGUAAAAGAACAGUGACUAUAUGACUUAAAAAAUAAAAGCUAAUUGAGCUGAUGAAUAGGUAGCUCAGGUAGAAUACAUAAAGAUAGUUAAGAUAAAGAUAAAGAUAUAAGAAUACAUAAAGAUUUAGUUUAUGUGUGCAAUGACAAAUUAUUGUUGAUGAAAUACAAUAAUACUCAUCGAAGUUCAGAUAACCACAAUUUAGAAUGCUAUCAUUUUUACGAUUUUUGUCAAAAUUUGAACUUACGCUUAUAAAAAAAAAACUAUUUAACUUUUGUUUUACCUCUAAAUUUUGGGUAGCCAACCUAUAGCACGCGUGCCUUUUGUGGCACAUUUGACGUUAAUUAAUGACAUGCUAGUGUCAGAUAAAAUAACAUAAUUUUUAAAUAUUUUUAAAAUUAUGAUUUCCAAUUUUAAAUAAAUAAUAAUAGUCGUUAAUAUUAUAUCAUAUAACAUUUGUGUCAAAAUAACAUUAAUGAUAAAUGAUUUAUUACUAUUGCAGUGGAACUUUCUGAUUAUUAUUCCGAAAUGAGAAUCGUUAUUUUCAUUAAAUUCGUGAUUUUUAAUAAUUUUUUAAAUUCCACAGAAAAAAAGUGUUCAAUCAAUUAGUCAUAAUAAUAAUAAUUAAUUAGCGAAUAUAAUAUUUUCUUGGAGCGAACUUUGGGUUAGAGGAAUUAGGAUAGUUCAAAAUAGGCUCUUUCUGCAUUUGAAAUAUCCUCACACUUACAUGGCCAAUUAUUAUAAUUUGUAUACUAUAUCUAUUUAUGUCUAUCUUUAUAAAAGGAGUUAGUUUUACAUUUUAUACCGUCGCUGAGUUAAUAUGUUUAAUAGAUAAAUUUAACAACUUUUUCUCAAAAAAAAAAAUUAAUAAUAGUUUUGGUUUAGAUUGUUAAAAUGUAAUAUAAUCAUUUUAUAACAAUAAAUUAUUUACCAAUUGUACAUUGUUUAAUUAUUAUUAAUUUGAGUACUAUUAAAAUCAACGGUUUCGUAGUCUAGGAUGUGGAAGAUGGGUCUAACGUACAACGGCUUUCCGUUCUAAGAGACUGGGAUCGACUCCCCUACACCCAGCAUCGUUUGUGCACUUUUUUUUCAGAUAAAAUUUUCUAGAAUCUAGAUAACAUCGGUUUUCACACGGAUUAGUAGAAUUUAAAAUGGCUGUUACUUAGAAACUAUUCAUCGGAUAUAAAUGUGUGAUACAUUAAAAUUUUUCGAAAAUAAUAAAAUAGUUAUUUUUUUAAAUUUUUUUAAUAGAAAAAAAACAGAAUUUGAUUAUCUUUAUUAUCUUCGGAGAUAUUCAAAGGGUAUAUCUUCGUGGAACAGCCUAUAUGUACUAAACAUUUAACGUAUUCAUAUAACUUAAUAAAGUAUUAGUCAUUAACGUUAAAAUUAAUUUAUAAUUAUAAAUAGUGAUAAUAUGUUAUAACUAAUGAUGAAUUUUUAAUUCGAUACCGGUCGUAUAAUAUCUUACUUAUCAUAAUGCUCCAGUCGACGCAUUCAUUCAUUUAUUUAUUUUAUUUGUAUGGAUAUAUUUUUUAUUUAUAUAUUUAUUUACUAUAUAUAAUAUAAGUAAUAAUUCGAUAACUAUAUUAUAGCAUUUAUGAAAUACCUAAAUCGAAUUAAUAUUGUUUUACAUCGUAUAAUUAUUAUUUUUUUGUUUUACAGUAAAUUGAGAUUAGAUUAGAAAAAAAAUAAAAUAUACUUAUACCUAUACAUUAUGUUAAUUCUACUAUUACUAAAAAAAAAAAAAAAAACGUGUAACUUUACAUAUAUAUAUUUAUUUUCAAACUAACUAUAAUCAAUAAGAAAUAUUAUUUUAUAUAGGUAUUUUACCUAACUUCACGAGACAUUAUGAUGUGCAUUUUAGGCACCUACACAAUUAAUUAAUUAAGCAUACAAAUAAUAUGUAAGGCGUAUAUAUAAUUGAAUAAAUUUAAUUUUAAUUGUUACCUGCCUAAAAGAAAUGAAUACAAUAUAAUUGUUUUAAAUUUUUUUUUCGUAUAUCCUACAAUAAAUAGUUUAUUUAUUUAGAAAUAAAAGAUAGUUAAACAUCAUAGGUUUUUUUAUAGUUAAUCUUAAUUAAACUAUGUACUUCUAGAAAGUACCUAUAAUAUACUUAUAAUAUUUAAUAUUUUUUCGAUUUCAUUUUUGAAUAAAUUAUAUAUGAUUAAACGAAACAAAUUAAAGAUUAAUAUUACGAAAAAAAAAAAAAUGGAAUCAGGUACCUUAUAGGAAACAAGGGAAUUAUUCUUAAUAGUAGUUUGGUAAUUUAAUGAAUAUGUAAAUGUUCAUAUGUAGUUAAAUUAUCAUUUAAAAACAAUUGAUCCAUGCAUUCUUCGGGUAAAUGCAUAAAUUGUUUGACUUCUGUCUGAUCUGAUGGACGACAAUGUGGUACCAUAGAACUGUUCAUCAGUGAAAUUCGUAAUGAUUGCAUUUUCUAAAAUGCAAUUAAAUAUCAUAGUUA